UGCAACUGGUGCAUUUCCAACCGCACGUCGCUUCUGCACACCUGAAGCUCAGACCUGGCAGCAUGCAGCAACCGGCAAGGCAGAGACUGAGACCGUGGCUGGAGGAGCAGAUUCAGUCCGGGAAGUAUCCAGGUGUCAGCUGGCUGGACCAGUCAGCUCGCAUCUUCCAGAUUCCGUGGAAGCAUGCUGCUCGGCACGGUUGGAGCAUUGACCGGGAUGCGACGCUCUUCAGGAGUUGGGCUAUGCACACAGGGAGGUACCGUCCAGGAAGAGACAAGCCGGAUCCCAAGACGUGGAAGGCGAACUUCCGGUGCGCCUUGAAUUCCCUCCCUGACAUCUGUGAGCUGCGAGAGCACAGCAGGAAGAGAGGCAGCAAUGCCUACAGAGUCUACAGGAUGCUGCCCAGCUCUCAGACACGCAGACGGAGGAGAGCAGGACUGUUCAGCAGACCCGUAGAAGGACAGGGAGGUUUAGGAGACUGCAGACUUGACGACACAUACACCUCACAGCAAGCCUGGCUGCCUACGGCAACAACACCUGUUACAAACCCAGCACAUAAGGUGGAGACCAGCGCACAGCACAACUUUAACAGCCCCGAAGCACAGGGGAUGUGGGAGUCCAAAGCUGCGCAACAGGAACCAAGUGAGGCUGUCUAUAAGCUGAUGGACCAUUUAAACAGUGACCUCUGGAACCAGACAUGGGAGCAAAGAGGAUGGAGGACGCACCCUAUGUGGGACCAGCCGCAAUGUGCCGGUGAGGAGAACCCGUAUCCUCCACAGACAGAGGUCUACGGUGAUCCGCUUGGGCCAAACUACAUCAAAGAACUCUCAGACUGGUCCUCACAUCAGCAAACACUAAUGCUGUAGCUGAAUGCAUCCUCUUUUCUCUCUGUAUUUAUCACUUAUUUGCUGAAAUAAUAAUUUCCCCCUACAUAUGUUGAGCUGAUUUCCCGUUUCUGUUGUGCCGCCUAUUAAACGACAGCAGCGAGAAGCAGGAAGCAAUCCUGCUGUCAAUCAGCCUCUGUGCUGGGAACGCAGGAGUGAGAGGAUCUGGUUCCAAGCCAAGCGUCGACGCUGCUAUCAUCGUUUGUGUUCACUGUGGUUCAAUGAAUCAAGCUCAUGAAAAUGACACCAAGCGUGCAGCGUAGCUUUUAGAGUAAACAGAUCAGGUUUCAUCCCAGCACAGGGUUGGGUAUUGAUCUCCUCUCUGUUUCUGACUGUUGCGGGAUGUUUUUACUAAUAAACAAUUAGGUCAGAGCAGGAAAACAAGGCGUGGAACGUAAUUGUGUGUAAGUUUGUUUUUCAGCACAAUUCAUAAUUUGCUCUCUAAGUAGGAUGAGUUAAGCUACAUUGUAUUUUACACUUGUCUUUGAUUCUUUGUGUUUGUGCCUUUUUUUUUUGUUACUGGUUUUUAAGAAGUAAUUGUCAGAUUUGUUGUUGUAGUGGUUGUUGUUUUUUUUCUGUUAAAUUCACCACCAUUUUUUGCUCUUAGUACUGUGAAGUGUCAAUGUUACAAAAUUAAAAUGAAUCAUUGCUGGUGUUCAAAUGUUUCCAGUUUUGAGUUUUCACUUUUGCUCCACUCAUAUUUAUUGUAUGUGGAGUAGCGUUGUUACCACAUACACAAGUGUUAUUAUGCCUGCUUCUCAAUUCAUUUAUUAGAUUUCCUUAUUUUAAGCAAACAUGGCUGUGCGAAGCCAUUGCACUUAAGAUGUCGUGAUUACGGAACAUGAAGCCGCGUUAUGAAUGACCCUCAUCUACUGUCGAUCUAAUUUGAAGCUUCAAAUGAUCUGCUCUCUUAAUGAGUUUAUAAGUGCGUCAACUGAGCGUUUUGGGCUUGGUAACAAAGCUUCAACCCUCAUCUACUCCAUUAGAGAGCUACACUUGCCCACUCAGAACAGGCAAACAUGACCUGACUUCUAGAUUCCCGACCAGCAGUCAUUUAAUUAUUCAAACAUUAGCUGUUCAAAUUAAUGUAUAAAGUAUGUAUCAUAUUAAUAAAUGGGGAUAUAUCAUAUUUUU